AGGCCGUAUUAUUAUUUAAAAAGUAUGUGGAAGUGGGAUAUACUCACUCUUGUGGUACUGAUCAGUUGCUCGGCGGCAAAGUGCUUCUCUGAGAAAAUCGAUUGCACAAUAAAUGGAACGCAGGCGGAUGACUGCCCCACAGCUUGUCCAGAAACGUGCGAUUCCAAUGGCCAGGCCAAUUGUAUUCUGAUCUGCGGAGGUCCUUGUGUCUGCAAGCCAGGAUAUGUAGUCAAUCGAAUGAUUCCUGCCUGUGUACUGCGAUCGGAUUGCCCAAGAAACCUAUUACCAAAGGGUCGAGCCCGAAGGCUAACGAAUUUCAAUUGCUUUAGUGGCGAAAAUACGUGCACUCAGUUGAAACACGGUAGCAGUAGGCGAAAGGGUGGCUAGUACACAAGACAUAUAAUACCACUGUAACCGAGUUUCAAUUAAAAUGUAUAAAAUUA